AUCCAUAAGCCAUGGGCGAUAUAUCGUCGAAUGCCAUUCUAUGCUCUUCAAUGUUGGCUUGCUUAGCCGGAAGGCAAAGCUGUUUUCAACCGACGACCACCAUAUUAGUCCACCAUGGGGAAUUCCGUUACUUGCAUGAGGGGAAAAAUUUUUUCAGUUGCUGACGUAAAUGCGUAAUAUCAACAUUGUGCUUUCGUGUGCUAUUCAAUAGUUUGAUGACAGAACGUGGAGGAACAACAUCCGGCUCUUAAAAACUCUUCAUUAUUUUCCGGUCCCGGCGGAUACUGACGAGGAUACAGCCACCACUAUUGAACCAGUCUAACAAAAGUAUAGAGUAUCCUCAUGGAACUGGGAACAGUAAACGUCGGACUAGAGAUUGAUGAAGAACUAAGUCUCCCACUCGAUUCACACGAAUCAAGUUACGGCACGCUACACAUUCCACAUUUGACUAUUCACCGUGAUGACGACCAUGCCAGUCUUUCGCGAAAGAAAGAAAAACCAAAGGUUGUCAUACCCGAAGAAACUGAUGAAGAGGUUGAAUCAAUCAUGCACUUUCAUCGGAAACGCAUUGGAAAAGUUUUGGGUCUACUUGAACGAUUUUGCCACGAGAAGACAGCAAUUGGUUCGCGGGUUAAUCUACGUCAUAUUGGCCAUCCUCUACAAUGCUUACUUUGUGGCCAGCAUCUAUUAUUCGAUUAAAAAUGGCAUUCCCAUGGAUUGGUGCGGAGGUGUUGGUUUGCUAAUCAUUCUCACCGUCCUAGGCUACGUGGGCCUUUUUUAUUUUCAAAUUGUCAAGAAAUUCUGGGGCGAAUCGAUCGAUCGAAAUGUUUUGCAACCCAUCGAUAGGACUUUCGAUCGCGUAUGGGAAUACCGGGUGGUCCAGUAUGGCGUUUACUUGGUGAUAAUCGCUGCCCUGAUUGUAUUCCUUGUUAUCGAUACCGCCAACGAACGUUAUCGGCUCGUCUCUUUUCUUGGUUUAAUUGUUUUCCUGCUUCUCGGUUGGAUCUUUUCCAAACAUCCGUCCAAAGUUAAAUGGAGACAUGUGACCUGGGGCGUGGCGCUUCAAUUCAUUUUUGGUUUGAUUGUCUUACGAUGGGAUGUCGGCCGCCAGGUUAUUCAAUGUCUAGGCGAUAAAAUCACCGUUUUCCUGGAUUAUUCCAACGCCGGAUCAGGCUUUGUUUAUGGCUAUUUAGCAACCGACAUCAAUAUGGCGGGGAUCGCCCUAGGAACCAUCUUUGCUUUUCGAGUAAUUUUUCGAAGAAAACAGAAACAUGGUGUCAUUCAAGACAUUAAAUUUUCUUUACAGAUUCUUUCAGUCAUCUUCUUCUUCAGCUUCUUUGUCAGCAUCUUGUAUUACUAUGGCAUCAUGCAGUGGGUGGUCCAGAAAAUCGGAUGGCUGUUACAGAUCUCGAUAGGUACGACAGCUGCGGAAUCAAUGAAUGCAGCUGGAAAUAUAUUUUUAGGCCAGACGGAAGCUCCAUUGUUAAUCAGACCGCUUCUUCCUAAAAUGACGAAAUCUGAACUUCAUGCCGUCAUGACGGGCGGAUUCGCUACCAUAGCAGGUGGAGUUUUGGCUGCCUUCAUUAGUUUUGGUAUCAGCGCAUCCCAUUUGCUUUCGGCAUCCGUCAUGUCUGCACCGGCUGCGCUGGCGUAUUCUAAACUUUUCUACCCGGAAUCGGAGAAAUCGCAAACUAAAGCCGGUGAUUUAAAGAUCCCUAAAGGAACAGAGGCCAACGCCCUUGAUGCAGCAGCGCAGGGAGCUGCAAACGCCGUCUUCUUAGUACUUAAUAUCAUAGCCAAUCUAAUAGCAUUUUUAGCUUUUAUCGCCUUCCUUAAUGGAAUCAUAUCUUGGUUCGGUGGUCUCCUCGGUGCUCCAUACGUUACCUUUGAGUAUAUUAUGGGCAAGAUCUUCAUUCCAGUCGCUUGGUUAAUGGGCGUUCCAGCAGCCGAGUGUGAUCUCGUUGCAAAUCUUGUAGCGCUUAAAACGAUAGUCAACGAGUUUGCAGCAUACAGCAAGUUAUCAGAGUACAUCGCACAAGGCAUCAUUUCGAAAAGAGCCGAAACAAUUGCCACAUAUGCAUUGUGUGGCUUCUCCAAUCCGGGAUCGAUUGGAACACAGAUUGCCGCAUUGUCUACCAUGGCUCCCGACCGACAGUCUGAUUUGGCUCAAGUUGCUUUCCGAGCUUUCGUGGCCGGUAGCGCAGCUUGUUUCAUGACCGCAUGUAUUGCAGGUACUCUGAUAUCCUCCCCCUCAGACCUACCAACACCAACUGCCUUCACACCCUCAACUUUUUCUUUUACACCCAAUAUGACGGCCAUAUUAUGAAGACUAUUGGUUUGUUUCGCUUUGGACAACGAUCUAUUGACUAUAGAUUAUGGUUGCAUCUGAUUUUGACGAAGGUUUCUCAGUGUUAAUUGCUCCACUAACGAAGACCUUAUCGUCAUUCCUAAUUAGCGUUUUCAACUGAGCAAUCUGUGUAUGAUAUACGUACAUGCUUUAUUGAUACAAAAUUAUCCUUCUUGUG